AUGCUCCCCACUCCUCCCGAGUUUACCAGGUACCAAGGGCAUUAUUCUGAGAAUAAAUGGGAGGCUCCCGCGGCCGAAGUGGCGGCCCGGCGCAGCGCGGUCGGCUUGAGCGCUCACCGCAGCGAGGAGGUUUCCUCGGCGUCUCGCCUUCCGCCGCGGUCGCCGGGCUGCGCUGCUCCAGCCGGGACGCGCGCCUCUGCGCUCCUCGCAGCUGCCACCCCCGCCGCCGCUCCCCUCGCCGUCCGCACACACACGGUGACGAAGAAAGAGAAGUCCUUCAACCAGAGCCUGGCCGAGUGGAAGCUCUUCAACUACAACACGACCACCGGAGAGUUCUUGGGGCCCACCGCCAAGAGCUGGGGACUUAUGGUUUUUCCAAAACCAGUGAUGGCGUUGGAUUUUUCAUUCAGUGUGUCUAAUCCAGAGUCCUAUAGAGGGUACAUUAAUGACCGUAAGAAAUUUCUAAAGUCAUAUGUCGUAGAAGAACAGAAGAAUCUCACAGAUUGUCCCGAUGGAGCAUUUUUUGAGCAGAAGCGUCUAGAUUAUACUUCAUGUCGGUUUCCUCUUGUCUUACUUGAAGCACGCAGUGGUGUGGAUGAUCCCGGGUUUGGCUACUCCACAGGAAGCCCUUGUAUUCUUGUGAAAAUGAACAGAAAAAUUGGAUUAAAGUCUCAAGGAGAACCAAGGAUAGAAUGUAUUUCGAAGGGUGAAAACACAGCAGUGCUAUCAACUUAUCCUUCUAAUGGAACGAUAGAUUUAAAAUAUUUUCCAUAUUAUGGGAAAAAAUUGCAUGGGAGCUAUCUACAGCCAUUUGUUGCCGUCCAGCUCAUCUUUGGUAAUAGAAAUAACGUAAACGAAGUAACAGUUGAGCACAAGAUUGAUGGAUCACCCAACCUAAAACACCGGGAUGAUCGUGACAAGUUUUUAGGACGAGUUGCAUUCAAAAGCACCAUGCGUCCAUAGUAGGAGUUAGGAUAUCUCCACAGAGUAAACGUUGUGUUGUCUGUCUUCACUUGGUAUCAGCUGGACCUGCCAUUCCAGAAUAAUGAGACCACCUUGGAGAAAGGUGGAGUGGUACAUGAGACUGGGGUAGCAUCAUAAUGUGCUUCCAGAUCAUAGUGUCAGUGUCCUUCAAAGUAACUGCCUGUUGCCUCUGCUGCCUUUUGAACCAUGUACAGUCACAAGAUAGGAUUGUGAACACCUGAUUCUGAACAUGUAAGAUGGGGGUUUGUCCAAUUUUUAAGUGGUUUAAUUGCCUAGUGUCUAAAGCUUAAUGUGCUGUGCUAUGUAAAUAUUUUAUAGAUUUAACACUGGUUAACUGUCACAUUUUGAUGCCAGCAAAGUUUUAGGGGAUAAAAUGGUACCUGACCAACGUCAAAUGACUUUAUAGCUGCAAGAAAUGCAGUGUAUGGAGAAGCUCUGUAUGUGAGGAGGAAAAAGGAAAAUAAAAGUGGAUUUGAAAGGUUAAA